AUAAGAAACUGGCAGUCAGAGCUUCAAGGUGACGGCGAUGGUCCAGCUCCCGUAGGAGAGCAUUCAAGGGUGAAGAAAGCAACAUUGCCAGACUCACUUUCUCAGGAAGGACCCUCAAGCCCUUCUCUAUUACAACCAUGACCUUCCUCAUUGAAAGAAGCUGCUACCUUACAGUUCUAACGGGGGAAAUCAGGUGUGAGACAUCAUAAGAAGAAAAAAGAAAGACCAUGGAGAAUGUGCAAUCAGGUGUAAGGAAGUCACUCUGGAAAUUUUAGUAUUCAUCAGCUGUCACUGAAAGUAGAUAUUUGUGACAGUCAUGUUAUGGACCAAUAUAAAGCCUGUGAAGAUGAACGUGAUGUUAAAGAAAUUGAUGUUCAUUGAUGAGCACUUCGGCAUUUCAAAGAGUUCUCAAAAAAGGAUCGGCUGGCUGAAGUUCUGCGUGAAAGCAAGUAAUGGAAAAUAGGAUUUCUUAAGCCCCCUUUGGCCUUUUGAUUCUGAGCUACAACCUUGCUGUUCUACUUUCAAAGUCAAGGAACACUUCUAGCAAAACCAUGACAUUUCUUGGCUAUCAGCUCUGUCCGUGUGAUGUGAAAAUUGUUCUUCAGUUCAGCAGAGGCAUUAUGCUGACCAUUUUAGGUUCCCACAUGUAUGGGCUAAACCUCGUGCCUUCUAUAUGACAGUCAAAGAAGAUCAAAGGAAUCCUCGGAGAUCCUCACGCACCCAAUGGAUACAGUGACCUUUGAAGAUGUAGCUGGGAACUUCACCUCGGCAGAGUGGGCUUUGCUGACUCCAUCCCAAAAGAAGCUCUACAGAGAUGUGAUGUGGGAAACAUUGAUGAAUGUUACUGCUAUAGGAAGAACAUGGGAUAAGCAGCAAAUGGAAGCAGAAGGCAAAAUUUACUCAAGAAAUCUGAGAUAUGAUACAGAGAAUUAUUUGAGAUUUGAAGAGAAGCUACAUAAAUAUAAUGAACAUGGAAGUAACUGCAGUGUUUUCUGGUCCAUUCAAAAGCGUAAAAUGAGGAAGACUGGAGAGAAACCCUAUCAAUGUGGGAAGUUUGAGGAGGCCAACUUAGAACUUAGUGAACAAACUCACACUGGGCUGAAAAUGUUUGUUGGUAAGAAAAGUAUGAAGGCCCCCACAACACCAAGGGUUCUUCAACAAUGUGCAUGUAAGCAAUGUGGGAAGGCAUUCAAACAAAAUUGUGAACUUGUAGUACAUGAAAGAAUUCACACUGGGGCGACGCCCUAUGCAUGCAAGCAAUGGGGGAAAGAGUUCAAACAAAAUUGUGAGCUUGUAGUACAUGAAAGAAGUCAUGCUGGAGAGAAACCCUAUGCAUGUAAGCAAUGUGGGAAAGUGUUCAAACAAAAGUGUGAGUGUGUAGUACAUGAAGGAAUUCACACUGGGGAGAAACCCUAUGUAUGUAAGCAAUGUGGGAAAGCAUUCAAGCAAAGUGGUCACCUUCUAAAACAUGAAAGAACUCACACUGGGGAGAAACCCUAUGUAUGUAAGCAGUGUAGGAAAUGUUUCAGGAAGAGUGAUAGUCUUAGAGUCCAUGAAAGAAUUCACACCGGGGAGAAACCCUGUGUAUGUAAGCAAUGUGGGAAAGCAUUCCGUAAAAAUGGUAACCUUAGAGAACAUGAAAGAAUUCACACUGGGGAGAAACCCUAUGUAUGUAAGCAAUGCGGGAAAGCAUUCAAGCAAAGUGGUCACCUUCUAAUACAUGAAAGAACUCACACUGGGUAGAAAUUCUAUGUAUGUAAGCAUUGUAGGAAAUGUGUUAGUACAAAUGGCCACUUGCAAAGACAUCACAGAAUUCACACCUGGAAGAUAGAUACCCUAUGCAUGUAAGCAAUCUGGGAAAAUGUGCAUAUGGUGAAAUUCUUAAAAUCUCCAAUCUACUUUUUUAUACUUGAUGCAACUUUACAUGGUAUAUUUCUGUAUUUUACUCUAGGGAUACUGUCUGUUGUACAGCGUCUUAUUGAUUCUAUCAGUUUCUUAUUGGUACUUUCAUAUUUCAAUAUACACCUUGAUGUUAUUUGCAGUUGAAGACCAUUUUAUGUGUUGUGACUUAUAACCUCCUAACUUUUUCUUUGUUUCUUGUCUGUAUCCACUGACAGAAUUUUAAGAUUUUUGCCAUCUAGGUUUUAAUGUGUUAGAUAACACUAAUUAUGCAAUAAUGCCUCUCAUUUUUUAAUAGUUUCUUCUCUAUUAUUAUUAUAAUCUGCUCAAAUAUAUAGCAAUGCAA